GACAUCAACCAGCAGUAUCUGAGGCCGCCCGUCCAGCAAUGCUCACCCGACAACAGGGCUGAGGAGCAGCCGUGACCCGCUGCGUUCCCGAGAGGUCGGUCGACAGCCAGGGCGGUGCGGUGGGGAAAACGCCGGCGAUGCGUGCAUGCGUCCUCCACAAAGGCAGACCCUUCUCUGAGCGGAGCUCCGCUGCCACUGGAUUACAUUUAUCCCCGCUGUUUCCGAGGAAGCUUCCAGCUGCAAAUCCACCCACAUGAAUCUACCAGACAGUCAAGAAGACGGAGCACUUCCCACCAAGAGUGCCUACCCCUGCUGAGUGAAGCCCUACUGGAAUCUCAUCACCUCUAACCGACCAAGCUGGUGCCAUGCCUCUGCCCAGGACACUUGGACUUCUAGCCCAGUCCAGGAGGCCCAUCCUGGUGCUCCGCCUUCCCUCCUCUCCCCUGUGUCUGCUGCUGGCCUCCAUUAUCCUGCUAACCAGCCCAUUGAGCAGUGUGUGUGGAGCACUAGCUCCGCCGAAGUUUACCAAGAUUCCCACAGACCAGAUCGGAGUGUCAGGGGGCGUGGCAUCAUUUGUGUGCCAGGCCACCGGCAAUCCCAAGCCUGUCGUCUACUGGAACAAGAAGGGCAAGAAGGUCAACUCCCAGCGUAUCGAGACCGUAGAGUUUGAUGAGGGUGCGGGUGCUGUGCUGAGGAUCCAACCACUCAGAGCACCCCGGGAUGAGAACAUCUACGAGUGUGUGGCACGCAACAGUGAAGGAGAGGUGUCUGUCACUGCAAAGCUGGCCAUUAUCAGAGAGGACCUGCUGCCAUUUGGCUUCCCCAGUAUAGACAUGGGUCCCCAGCUGAAAGUGGUGGAGCGUACAAGGACGGCCACCAUGCUGUGCGCUGCCAGCGGCAUCCCCGACCCAGAGAUCUCCUGGUUCAAAGACUUCCUGCCUGUGGACCCCAGCGCCAGCCAGGGUCGCAUCAAACAGCUCCGAUCAGGAGCGUUGCAGAUCGAGAACAGCGAGGAAACAGACCAAGGGAAGUAUGAGUGCGUGGCCACCAACUCUCAAGGCGUGCGCUACUCCUCCCCUGCCAACCUAUAUGUGCGAGGAGCGACAGACACAUUGCGCCGCGUGCCCCCUCGUUUCUCCAUCCUCCCCUCCAACCAUGAGAUCAUGCCAGGAGGGAGCGUCAAUAUCACCUGCGUGGCCGUGGGUUCGCCCAUGCCAUACGUCAAGUGGAUGCUGGGCAGCGAGGACCUGACCCCCGAGGAUGAAAUGCCGAUUGGACGGAACGUGCUGGAGCUCAACGGUGUCCGGGAGUCUGCAAACUACACCUGUGUGGCUAUGAGCAGCCUGGGUAUCAUCGAGGCCACUGCUCAGGUCUUAGUUAAGACUUUGCCAAAGCCUCCAGGUACACCCAUUGUAACCGAGACCACAGCCACCAGUGUGACCAUCACCUGGGACUCCGGCAACCCCGACCCUGUCUCGUACUACAUCAUUCAGUACCGAGCCAAAGGGCCGGACAGCAAGUACGAGACAGUGGACAGCAUCACCACCACCCGCUACAGCAUCGGCGGACUGUACCCCAACACCGAGUAUGAAAUCAGAGUGUCGGCCUUCAAUAGCAUCGGCCAGGGGCCCUCCUCUACACGUGUGGAGGCCCGCACGGGAGAGCAGGCCCCGGCUAGCCCUCCGCGAAACGUCCAGGCCCACAUCAUUUCACAGAACACGGUGAUGGUCCGCUGGGAGGAGCCGGAGGAACCAAAUGGACAGGUGAAAGGCUACCGCGUGUACUACACCAUGGACCCGUCCCGGCCGAUGAAUGAGUGGCAGAUCCACAACGUCCAGGACAGCGUCAUCACCACCAUUCAGAACCUGGUCACCUCGGAGACCUACACCAUCCAGGUCCUGGCCUUCACCUCAGUAGGGGACGGACCCUUCUCAGACCCCGUCCAUGUUAAAGUCAUGCCUGGAGUCCCAGGCCAGCCGGGGAAGUUUAAGGUCGGCAGGGUGACAGACACCAGCAUCGAGCUGACCUGGGAACCAGCUUACACCAAGGAGGGCAUUGUCAACUAUGAGCUGCUGUAUAAACCCGUCAAGUUUGGCAGUUUGGAGAAGCUGACCUUCGGGCCCAGAAAUUCUUACACAGUGGAAGGUCUGAAAGCGAACACCGAGUACUCCUUCUCCCUGGCCGCCAUCUCAAACAAAGGCAUCGGAGCUUUCACCAACGAACUGGUGCAGAGGACAUCACAAGCCAAGCCCUCAGCUGCACCCGAGGGUGUGUCCUGCGAGAGUGCCAGCUCCACCUCGCUGAGAGUAAGUUGGAGGCCGCCUCCAUUGGAGGGCCAGAAUGGCGAGUUGGCAGGUUAUGAGCUGAGAUACCAGAGAGUUUCUGGGGCAGGAGGCGGAGGUCAGGGCCAGGAAGCGAAGGGGCCUCCUAUCCCGGCCCAGCAGGGGCAGACAGUGUUAGAGGGGCUGGAGAAAUGGAGCUGGUACAACAUCACCAUGGCAGCUUCAACUGCAGAGGGGACUGGUCCCAGCAGCCCAGCUGCCCUUUGCAGAACUGAUGAGGACGUUCCCGGGGCAGCCCCUCGUCAGGUGGACGUCCAGCCGCUAAACUCCUCAGCACUUCGAGUCACCUGGCGAUCAGUGUUGCCACGGUUACGGCAAGGCCAGGUCCGUGGCUACCAGGUGCAUUUCAGCCGCUCAGAGAGCGGUGAAUCGCGAAACCUUCCCCGCAUUAAGGACCUCUUAUUGGAUGAGUCCCAGAUGGAGGAGGAUGACUCAACUCAAUAUGAGUUGAUUUUGGGAGGUCUGAAAGCAGAGACUUUGUACUCUGUCUCAGUGGCAGCGUACACCACCAAAGGGGAUGGAGCGCACAGCAAAGCCAAGCUGGUGCAGACCCUGGGGAUUGUGCCCGGCCCCCCCUCCCUUUGGGUGCGUCCAGGAUCAGGCCCAUCAGUGGUGGUGCGGUGGGCUCCUCCACUGGAGUGCUCUGAGUCAGGCUCUGAUAGCCGGGGGGCCCCAGUGGAAAUCCAGGGCUACCGCCUACAGUUUGGCCUGAAGAAUACAUCUUUAGACACCACAGUGGAUUUCACAAAUCGGGAGAAAAACUUCUCUGUCGGAAACCUCUCCCCAGGCUCCUCCUACGUCUUUGUCCUCUCUGCAAAGAGCCGAGCAGGUUACGGAGAUGCAGUGCAGCAGGAAAUAACAGUUCCCAUGUUCCCACCCUUGGGAUACCCCAAAAUAUUUGACUUUGUUAAUGCCACUUGCUGCUCCCUCCAGUUCUCAUGGCUACCCCCAGCCCCGCAGGAGUGCAACGGUGUCAUCACAGAGUACACCAUAUCUUACAGAGAGGCUGUGGGCCCCAAACCCUCGGCUGACCCUGGCCCUUCGGCCUUACCAGCCCCCCCUGCUCCCCCAUGGUUAGUCGCGCUACCAGCAAGUGAGUCCAGCUACACCAUCCUGGGCCUGAAUCACAGCACAGCCUACGAAAUGCAGCUCAGAGCCCACAACAAGGCGGGGCCAGGCCCCUUCAGCCCACCUGUGGUGAGCCGAACCCUGGCCUUUGAAACAGAUGUGCCGAGGAAUUUUUCAGUUAAUCUGGCAACUAAGACCAGUGUGCUUCUGACCUGGGAGUUUCCAGAGAGCAGCAACCCCUACCGCUUUACUGUGGAGUAUAAUCGACAGAAGAUGGAGGUGGAUGCUCGUCUGAGAAAGGCAGUCAUCCCAAACCUUCAGCCCGACACCAGCUAUGACUUUAAGAUCACUGCCCCAGAGGGCAACAUGGGAGGCCUUCGCCACCGCAUCUCUGCCAAGACCUCCCCGCCAAUCACCAUCCGCCGCCCUGAGAUUGACCACACCCGUGACACUGAGACCACAGUCACCAUAAUCCUGCCGUCAUUGGAGACUCGCACUCCUGUCAAGAAUGUCUAUGUUGUUGUGGUUCCCCUGAGGAGAGCCCGCGGCGUCAUCAGACAACUCAAGAGCCCAGAUGAAAUGGACCUAGAGGAGCUGUUAAAAGACAUCAGUCAAAGGCAGAGGGAUUCUCGGCAGCAGAAGCAGGUGGACCUGCGCCGGGCUUACAUCACGGCCCGUUUCACACCUGCCACCCUGCCGGCCUUCUUCACCCUGGGGGACCAGCUGGACUACGGAGGCUUUGAGAACCGAGCGCUAGACCCAGGGCAGGAGUACGUCUUCUUCAUCCUGGCAGAGCUCAACUCCACAACCGGGAAAAUGUAUGUGGCCAGCCUCUACACAGACCCCGUGAUUGCCCCAGAUUCGGACCCCCAGCCCCUCGACGCAGGCGAUGGUCUGAUCUGGGUGGUUGGACCUGUCCUGGCUGUGGUCUUCAUCAUCUGCAUCGUCAUCGCCAUCCUCCUUUACAAAAACAAGCGCAAGGACUCUGAACCUGGAACCAAGAGUCUUCUGGGCAAUGCAGAGAUGAUGGCCCAUCACCCAACAGACCCCGUGGAGAUGAGACGCAUCAACUUCCAGACUCCCGGAAUGAUGAGCCAUCCUCCCAUCCCCAUCAGCGAGCUCGCUGAGCACAUCGAGCUGCUGAAAGCUAACGACAACCUGAGACUCUCCCAGGAGUACGAGUCCAUCGACCCUAGUCAGCAGUUCACCUGGGAGCAUUCAAACCUAGAGGUCAACAAGCCCAAAAACCGCUAUGCUAACGUCAUUGCGUAUGACCACACCAGGGUCGUCCUGGCUCCUAUAGAAGGUAUCCUGGGGAGCGACUACAUCAACGCCAACUACAUUGAUGGCUACAGGAAGCAGAAUGCCUACAUUGCCACACAGGGGCCCCUGGCAGAAACAUUUGGGGACUUCUGGAGGAUGGUGUGGGAGCAGCGGGCCGCCUCUGUCGUCAUGAUGACACGCCUGGAGGAGAAGUCACGGAUAAAGUGUGACCAGUACUGGCCGAGUCGCGGCACGGAGACCUACGGGAUGAUCCAGGUCACCCUGCUGGACACAAUGGAGCUGGCCACUUUCUGUGUUCGCACCCUUUCCCUGCAUAAGAGUGGCAGCAGUGAACGGAGAGAAGUGCGUCAGUUCCAGUUUACAGCCUGGCCAGAUCACGGCGUGCCGGAGUAUCCCACCCCCUUCCUCAACUUCCUCCGCAGGGUCAAAGCCUGCAACCCUCCGGACGCCGGCCCUAUCAUCGCUCACUGCAGUGCUGGUGUCGGUCGCACCGGCUGUUUCAUCGUCAUCGACGCCAUGCUGGAGCGCAUUCGCCACGAGCGCACCGUGGACAUCUACGGUCAUGUGACCCUGAUGCGCUCACAGAGGAACUACAUGGUGCAGACGGAGGACCAGUACAGCUUCAUCCACGAGGCCCUGCUGGAGGCUGUGGCCUGCGGGAACACUGAGGUGGCUGCCAGGAGUCUGUACUCCUACAUGCAGAAGCUGUCCAAGGUGGAGAGCGGGGAGCACGUCACCGGCAUGGAGCUGGAGUUCAAGCGACUGGCUAAUACCAAAGCCCACACGUCCCGGUUCGUCACAGCCAACCUGCCUUGCAACAAAUUCAAGAACCGACUGGUCAACAUCAUGCCCUAUGAAACCACCCGCGUCUGCCUCCAGCCAAUCAGAGGCCUGGAGGGCUCAGACUACAUCAAUGCCAGCUACAUAGACGGAUACAGGCAGCAGAGAGGCUACAUCGCCACCCAGGGUCCACUGGCUGAGACUACGGAGGACUUCUGGAGGAUGCUGUGGGAACACAACUCCACUAUUGUGGUCAUGCUCACUAAGCUUAGAGAAAUGGGACGGGAGAAGUGUCACCAGUACUGGCCCGCCGAGCGCUCUGCCAGGUACCAGUACUUUGUGGUGGACCCCAUGGCUGAGUACAACAUGCCUCAGUACAUCCUGCGGGAGUUCAAAGUUACGGAUGCCAGGGAUGGCCAAUCACGGACAGUGCGUCAGUUCCAAUUCACUGACUGGCCGGAGCAAGGUGUGCCCAAAUCAGGGGAGGGCUUCAUCGAUUUCAUUGGCCAAGUGCACAAAACCAAGGAGCAGUUUGGCCAGGAUGGACCAAUCAGCGUUCACUGCAGUGCUGGUGUGGGGCGGACAGGUGUCUUCAUCACUCUGAGUAUUGUCCUGGAGAGGAUGCGUUACGAAGGGGCGGUGGACAUCUUCCAGACUGUCAAAAUGCUGCGCACACAGAGACCAGCCAUGGUGCAGACUGAGGACGAGUACCAGUUCUGCUACCAGGCUGCUCUCGAGUACCUGGGUAGCUUUGACCACUAUGCAACGUAAGUGAAGAGACGACCAUCCAUCCAUCUUUCUGCUUCGAGGUCCACAAACAAACCACCAAGUCCAACAAGAGAAAGACGGCCUGAAAUAACGUGAACAUUGAACCUUUUCCCGGGAGCGAGACUCGAAGACGAAUCCAACACCAACAAGGACAAAACACAACAACAAAAACAGCAACAAGAAAUCUGUGUCUAACAGCAGCCACACUCAUCUGGAGUUUCCCUGAGGAGCUGGUGGGUGUGGAGACUGUCCAUGUGUAAUCCAUAUACUUACCUCAGUGUUCCAGUGUGAAGGACGUAUAAUACAUGUGUGUUGUGGUCAGCUAUCUCCAAUAUGAACCAGUGAAAUACAAACGGCUUCUGAACAGGAAUUAUGAUACUAUAUGUGUAUAAAAAGAAAAAAAACAGAAAAAAAAAAGAAAAAAACACAAAGAGCCUGGAUAUUUGCUGCACCCUCAAUGGGCUUUUUAUCCUCAACUUUGUAUCUAUUGGUUUGGUGUACUAAGGGGUUACAAAGUGCAAAGGUGAACAUUUCUAUGUGUCCGUGAGUCUGUUUCAAAGGUGUCUACCGCUGCCGCAGGUAGUUCUGAUUAUAGUUUAAAGCAGAUGACUAGGUUAUGCCUCCGCAGAAGCCUACAGUGCGGACUCACCACCCCGAGGACGGUUGGAGAAGCAUGUGGAUGCUCAUUUACCUGACGCACAGUGCCAAGAGAAACCACGCAGCGUGAACAUGAACUGUGGCCUAACAUAUAGAGUCAGACUAGCGACCGCUCUUCACGCGUUGGCCAAGGAUCACUUCACACCCCCCAGUCAACAGCUGGCCUCAGAACAGUGAUUAGAGCCCAUCACAUCCCCGACCCGGGCUGAGAUUUGUAGUCCGGCGCAUUCUCCAUUCGACAAAGCUUGCUUGCUGUUUGCUGUAGUCCUUGUUCAUCCUCCAGCUCAGCUCCUCUUGAUGUCAGCCCCAUUGUGUCAGUUCAGCAGUGGCUUAUUGAAAGAGAUGCUGAUGAAAGAAUCGAGCUUCAGCGUCUGUCUUUCUCGAAUUUAAAGCAGUUCUCCGCCCAUUUCUGCAGACAUGUUUUUGUGUGUUUUUACUGUACGUCUCUGCCUUAUGCUGACUUAUUUCUUGUAUUUUAACAUGCUGCUUAAUGUUCACGCGUUGUGUGCUAAACUUUUAUUGUCAUACAGUAUCUUAAACUGAGGAUGAAAGCUGUUUCCUAAUCAUCUUCCUCCUCUGAAGCUUACCUACUUGAAUUGCACCACUUUGCAGUUAAAUCACUCAGAUAUUUUACUAUUUAAGGCUACUGAAAGACAGUGAGAGAAAUCCCCAAGACAUUCGGCACAAAUGGUGAAUUGUUCACUUUCAGCAGUCCUCCCCCCUCACCCGACGACCCCACCUUCAUAAGAGCUCCUUUGAAAUUCUCUCUGUUCCUAAAUCCCACUGUACAGAACAUCCCAACUGAACCAAAUGACGUUUCCCCGCUCUGUCUUCUCCAGUACAACUGCACAAGUCCUCGAUAUCGAUAUAUAUCUUUUCUUGAUUUGACAUAUAAUCAUAGUUGGUCCCACGUGGUGAUUGAAGAGCACAGCGAUGUUCCAGUGUAUCAGACAUCUUGGGCGAUUUCACCAAUUUUGUACAUACAGUCUAUCAUUGGAGUCCUAUACAGUACAGUUACAUACGUCUGAGCACAAGAUAUAACGUGGGAUUGGAUGUGAUGUAGUUCUUAUUGUCGCAGAAAAAAAGCCUUAUUGUUAUCGUUCACUUUGUCAUAUUUAUUUCAUAUGAUUUUUUAAGAUAUUUAUUAUUCUAUUUUGUUACUUUUUAUGUAUGUUUUUCAUUUAUUUGGGAUAUCUAGCAACUAUAACCAAUAAGAUGUUGUUUACUUGUUUCUUUGGCGAGCCAAUGUUAAAGUACGAUAUUGUCACCGUUUGUUUUUUUAUUUUUAAUGGUCAGUUUUGGUGCUUUUUUUUUAUUUGCUUCAUGAUUAUAAAGUAUGCCCUCUGUGUAGGGUGCUAUUUGAUACUGAUUACUGAUGUCCGACUCGCUAGCUAGAAAUGUACAUUAGAGGCAGACCUAGUUUAAGUUUACAGUGAAGCCCUUUCGAUGCCCUCCCUCACUCGACCUCCCCGGUAACAGCCGUGGUGGGAUCAUAGCAACAGAGGUGUGAUCCACCCCACCGUGAUUUAAGAUUUAUGGGCAUCAGAGAAAUUAGGGAUAUAGAGCAGCCUUGUGGGUGAAAACCUCAGACAAGCUGCUGGUAUUUAGUUUGCUGGAAAGCACAUGGUAGCAAGUGUAUUUUUGACAGAGAAUGGGUGAAGAAUCGCCCUGCUACACACACACACACACACACACACACGCACACUCAAAGGUUAUUGUUUAAAACUGAAAUUAUUCUGAUAUGAAAUGUAUGUGUGGUCCAGAAGUCUUGACAGUGUGUGACAUAUAUGAAAUAUGUUAUUCCUUGGAUUUCUAAUGGUUAUUGUGUCAAGAGAAAUAUAAAAGGCACACACAUGAAUCAUAAUAUGAAAUGUGUUGAGGGCCAGCUCUGAUGACGCCACCUCCCUCACAUAUGUACCCUGUUCUUUCCUUUCAAACCAUGGAUGUAGAUAUUGUAUCUUGACUUUGUAUUAAAAGCAGGAUGAUUGGAUAUACAGCA